AUGGUCGUGCAAGGAGUGAAGACGGUUUCGAAAGCACAGAACGGCCUCGGCGCAUUCAUCCUACAAUGCAAACGCAUUGACUUCCACUACUGCGACUGGGCCGGCUCGUCACGGGGGAUGAAGUCGUUCCUCACGUCUCCGCUGUUGGCGCAAUUCACCUCGCGAUACCCGGGCGUCGAGUUCCGCGUGUCGCCGCGGCCCAACAAACACCCGAUCCUGAAGGCGUACUACAUCAACGGCCGCGAAAAGGCCGUGUGCGUGCGCAACCUGGAGAGAGAGCAGAUCUUGAAGAAGGCCGACUUCCUGGUCGCCAAUAGCGGGAAGAAGAACGAGUUGAUCCGUGGCAAGACCGUGGUGUCGCAGAACGAGAACGUCCGAGGCAUUUGGAGUCCUAUGCACGGAGGUAUUAAAAGCAUCUAA